CGAACCAGCCACAACGAAUUGAAGUCGUCUGUCUCUCAACCGGUGAGCAUGCGAUUACACCGAACAGCCAUGAAACAUCUAUCUUCUGAACGUUCGGAUGCUUCGCUCUCUUGCCCUCCUCAAUGCCCCUAUCUCCUGCUAACAAUUCACAAUCAUAGGACAGGGAGAACAUGACUCGACUCGCUAGAACCUACCCAGGACCAACCCUCAACAGGGAUGACGGAGAACCCGCGUGGCCAGCCGGCUGGUCCCUCGAGCGUUUCAACAGCAUGAAAGUAAUGGAGACGUUCGAAAUUCCUCACGGGGAUCUGGCAUUAAUGACUGCCAUCAGAGACACAUUUCACCCGCUGCCACCAACUCCCAGCGUCGAGGAGAUGCUGCGGAAUAUCGCUGAGGGGCAGGCCCGGAGACGUGCAGAGCUGGGCCUCCCUCCGGUCCUGGCAGUCGCGGCGCCCAAGGAGAUGACUGGGCAGAUUGUCGAGACUGUAGAGCGGCUAGGCCCCUCUGGACGGCCGUGGGGCUUCGUCUUACUGCGUGUUACUUAUGGUGACGAUGCGCGUUGGGCAGCUUUCAAAUCUCGGUUUAUGGAAUUGCUGCAGCAGAGCGUAGAUCCGGAAUUGGAAGUUGGCUGGGAAAGGAUCAAGGAUGAUUUGAGCAUCGAGAUGAUUGAGGAUGUGGCGCUGGAUCAUGCCGGGUUACCAGAGAGUCUCAAGUAUUUCCAGGGUGUGCAGGAACGAGGAGGCAUUGCUGUAGGACUCGACUUGCAAGUGUUUCUCGUUGUCAACGAAGAGUGUGUUAAUUCCGUGCUCAACGCAGAGGGAGAUGGAGUCCCAUUUGUGCUCGCACAGGAUGUUGAAUACGGACAGCAGGAAGAGGAGCAGAAUGAGGAAUCAUAUCCAGGGGUUUUCAAAGUCUCCAUCGACGCGCUUCUUAGCAGUCUCUAUGUUGGCUUGCAAGGCAUGAGUAUGGCUCCGGAAGAGCUCUGGCCCUUCGCAGACCCAAUCUUUGAAGGCACCGAUUUUUUUUAGACCAAAGGGUGAUUAAAUAUCAAUGAGCUAUGCUAUUGUGGGCUAAAUUAACUCUGCAAA